CAGUGCUAAAUUUGAAAUUUAUGCGAAGAACCUUUUCCUCACAAUUAUCAACCCAAGACAAUGAAGAAGCUGCUAAGUUUACUCUUCUUACAAAUAUUUGUCAACUUAGCUGUAACCCAAGUUAAGCUGGUAAUAAAUGAAGUGGACACUGGAUCUGGAAAUGUGGAGCUCAGAAGUCUUUCUUCCGGUACAGUUAGCUUGGGUGAUUAUGCUUUGUACAAACUAGAACAUAAGAAUGGAAUGAGAUCAUUUAUAGGUGGGGAAAAUUUACCUUCUACUUCUCUUCAAAAUAAUGAAGUUGUAACAAUUAGCUUGAGUCAACUGUCUUUUAGCUUGGGUUUAGCCAAUGAUUUUGUUGUAGCACUACUACUUUAUCGAGGUGAUGGUAUGACUGAGGCUACUGGUCUGAACGAAUUGGACCCAAAUUUAGUUAUAGACGCCUAUAUUUACACAACAGGGGCUGCUACAGUCAAUCCAUUCAAUACUAGAGUCCCUGCAUGGACGGGAAAUGUUUUUGUAGCUGAUGGUGCUACAGUAUCUAGAUGA